AUGAAUCAUCGACCAAGUCGCGUUCGAAGCAAUCAUGAAGGUUAUCCAGAAAGUAUGAAAACUUGCAAAACACGCCGAGCAAAAACGCUAAUUGAUGUUAAAAUAUUAUCCCGUCCAUUUAAGAAUCAUUCUGAUAAUUCUCAAACUGAGAAAGUUGAGAAAUCGCUGGAAAAGAAAACGUUCUUCGACAAUGAAGGUUUCGGGAUAGUCAGAGCAAUGUCGUUGGCAUUAUCGAUAUUGACCUUGUGCUAUUACGGAUCAACGGAAUACAAUGUUGUGCAGAAUGGGCAGAUCCUUCGCGGUUUUCCCACGAGAAAGACCAUCGUGUCAUUUAACUUUGGCUAUUCCGUCUCGCACUCUAUAAUGUCCGCUAUUACAGCUAGCAUGCUUGUUUAUUCCAUUAUCAUGAAACGGUCCCAAUUUAGUUUGCCUUUCAUAGGCUUAUUUUUGGCCGAGCUGGUGUGCGAUUUCUGCAACGUGAUUAUAACGAUUUGGUAUCUCUUCGAAUAUCUGCGAAUGCAAACCGCCUUAAUUUAUGCAGCAGGACUCCUUCUACUGAUCCUGGCGGAAAUAUGGACGUGGCUGGGUGUUGUGUGGCUCUAUGAGCACCGAAACUUCAAAGUACACUAG